AUGCGUAUGGUUGCAGAGAUUCUUGACGACACUGCCUACGCUGUCCUGUCAAGUCGUAUCGAUGAUGUCGAUGAAAUUCCUCCUGCCACCUCUUCGCCUACCGCGACCAAGAUGCCAGUCAAGCUAUCGCGAAAGAUCAAAAUGCCGGUCUUCAAGAUUGGUAGCCUCGUGAAAAAGCCACUUUACCCUUUGAUGAGCGUAAAGAUGGAUUCCAGAUCAGUCGAAGCCGCUCUUUUGGUCGCGCAAGAGGCCAAGGAAAGAGAGGCUGCCAACAACGUCAAUUAUACCUCUUCUACCAGUAUACGUCAUUCUGUCUUCAUCAUCACUAAUAUGAUCAAGCGACCUGCAUCGAAGCAGCUCGGAGCGCCUGUUCGUAAAUCAAUGAGGAACAGCAGCACUUCUUCUACGAGCGCGAGUGAUAAACGUAUACCCACUGCAGAUAUCGAUACCAGUUCGAUCUUGGACAAGAAAGACGAGGCAUCCACAGACGUCGCACCUGUCCCCAGAUCAAGCAGCAAAGGCCGCGCUUCUUCAGAUGAUAUAUACAAACAAGAUCCCAUUGCAGACGAUACUGUCACGACUCCGAAAGCUACAACCACCGAAGAUGCUAGCCCGAGUAUUGCGAAUGUAAACGAUACAAACCCCAUCGAUACAAGCACAGAAGAACCAGCAAUUCCCAGCUCAAGCACACAGGACCUCGAAAGCACCGCGACUCCCGACACAGGUGUCACUCAAAUCAGCACACCAAGAACAGCAGGUAGUCCAUAUACUUUCCUGCAUAACGUCACGAGAAGCGCUGACGGUACCAUUCAAAGCACAGAAGUUGAUCGAAGCCAUUGAAAGCCCGGUUCGUUGUAGCCCUCAUGAUCUCUACUCGGGUCGACUCGAUCUCCGUGCACAGUGUCCCGUGAAAUAUGUAGUGGUGAAAAGGCACAGUCAUAUUCUGGACCAUACUCGAACCUGCUGAGACAGCAGUGUACUACUCAUCUCCGUACGCAACGUCAUGAAGUGACGUCAAAUUAUGCCUUGGGACAGCUUAUAGUCAUCUGCAUCUUCACAGCUGCAGGUAUAUCAGC